AUGUUGGAGGCAGGCAGACAGAGUAGAGUGCUGCCGCUCAACAACAUGGAGAAACAGAAGACCACACUUUUCCGCCUAGAGCAAGGCUUUGAGCUGCAGUUCCGUCUUGGCCCCACCCUCCAGGGCAAGCCGGUCCAGGUCUACACCAACUACCCUGCUGAGGGCCGCAAGUUUGAUCGCCUGAAGUUUUUUCCCCUGGACUGGGUCAACCCGACUGGCCGAGAGGAUGACUGUGAUAAAUACUGCAGACUGGAUCUACUGGUGGCUGGAUCUUACCAGUACUAUUUCAGCUGUGGUGAUGAGGAGAAGGUGGGCAGUGGUUUCAUUGUGGUGGAUCCAGUGCUGAGGGUGGGAGCGGACAAUCACAUUCUCCCACUGGACUGCAUCACCAUGCAGAGCUACUUGGCCAAGUGCCUUGGACCCCUGGACGAAUGGCCUGACAGGCUCAGGGUCGCCAAAGAGACUGGCUACAACAUGAUUCACUUCAGCCCACUGCAGAAGCUCGGCUCGUCUGGGUCAUGCUACUCUGUGGCCGACCAGCUGGAGCUGAACCCUGAUUUCUCUCCUGAGGGGAAGCACUAUACCUGGAUGGAUGUUGGUAAUCUGGUGGAAAAGCUGAGGAAAGACUGGAACAUUGUCUGCAUCACUGAUGUGGUCUACACCCACACAGCGGUCAACAGUAAGUGGAUUCGCCUCCAUCCUGAGUGUGGCUACAAUCUUGUCAACUCUCCCCACCUGAAACCAGCAUGGAUCCUGGACAGAGCCCUGUGGCACCUCAGCUGUGAGGUGGCUGAUGGGAAGUAUGCAGAGCAAGGCCUACCAGCACUUAUCCAAAAUGAACAGCACAUCUAUGCCCUGCGAGGCGUCCUGUGGGAGCAGGUCUUCUCCAGGCUCAGACUGUGGGAGUUCCUGCAGGUCAACGUGGACAAAACAGUGGAGCAGUUCAGCAAGCUGCUGCAGGCUGACAGUGAUGCUACCAGGUCCAGUCCUGAGGGCAGGAAGCAGCUGAAGGUGUUGCAGGACCCUCAGUACAGACGCUUUGGAAACACCGUGGACAUGACCUCUGCCCUGGACAUCUUCAGGCCGCACAGUAAGAGCCAAUCAGAUAUCCAAGAGUGUUGUAAGUGGUUUAAGAGAAGACUGGAGGAGUUGAACUUGGAACAGUACAAUGAGAUGAACUACCAUGCAGAGCAGGCGACUCACUGCAUCGUGAGAACUGUAGCGUACGAGCGACUCGCUGAUCACGGGCCAAAGCUGGGGCCAGUCACAAGGAAAGACCCUCUGGUCACCAGGUAUUUCACCUUCCCGUUUGAUGAGAUGACCUUGGAGCAGGAAAUGCAGCUGAUGAAGCAGGUGGACAAGGCAUGUCACCUGCUGGCCCACAACGGGCGGGUGCUGGGAGACGAUCCACACAAGAACUUUGCUGAACCAGGUUCAGAGGUUUACCUGCGGAGGGAGCUGACAUGCUGGGCCGACAGUGUGAAGCUGCGUUACGGAGAGAAACCAGACGACUGUCCUUACCUGUGGGCUCAUAUGAAGAAAUACACAGAGAUCACAGCCAAGCACUUUGCUGGCCUCCACCUGAACAACUGCUAUUCCACACCUCUGCACGUGGCUGAGGCGAUGCUUGCAGCAGCCAGAGCCAUCAGGCCUAACCUCUAUGUGAUAGCCGAGCUCUUUACCGGCAGUGAGCUCAUUGACAAUGUCUUUGUAAACCGCCUGGGAAUCACCAGUCUGGUGCGAGAGGCUGUGAGUUGUGGCAACAGUCAUGAAGAGGGACGAUUAGCGUACUGGUUUGGUGGGGAGCCAGUGGGCUCCUUUGUCCAGCCAAGCCUCCGGCCUCUUGUCCCGGCUAUUGCCCAUGUCAUGUUCAUGGACGUCACCCAUGACAACGAGAGUCCCAUUCAGAUGCAUUCAGUGAAUGACUGCCUCCCCAGCUCUGCUAUUGUCUCCAUGGCCUGCUGCGCUACAGGCAGCACUAGAGGAUAUGAUGAGCUGGUGCCCCAUCAGGUAUCGGAGGUGAAGAAGGGCUGGUGGUACCCCAGCUGGAGCCCAGAGGCCAAGACAUCAGAUCCAGCCAAGGUCACCCUGCAAACUGGUAUCCUGGCUGGCAAGCUGGCCCUCAACAAGCUGCACCAGGAGUUGGCUGCUAAGGGCUUUACUCAGGUAUAUGUGGACCAGGUGGAUGAGGAUGUGGUGGCAGUGACCAGACACUGUCCGAGCAGCCAUCAGUCUGUGGUGGCUGUGGCGAGAACCUCCUUCAAAAACCCCAAGACCCACAACUAUAAUGAUGACGUUCCACCUAUGUUCAUACCAGGUAAGAUUGAGGAGGUGGUGUUGGAGGCUCGGACCAUUGAUGUAACCACCAGCUCCUACAGACAGGAUGAAAAGAGCAGCAACGGCAUGCCAGACUAUACUUUGGAAAUCAGGGAACACAUUCAACUGAAGGACAGCAAGGUGGUGAAACAGGCCAAUGUCACUUCGAAAGACAACAGUGAAUUUGUUCAGGAGAUUGUGUUUGAGAAGCUCACUCCUGGCAGUGUUAUUGUCUUCAGGGUGAGUCUGGAUCCACGGUCCCAGGAGCUGUUGGGGGCUCUGAGACACCACCUGACCCAGUUCAGCUCCCAGUUCCAGACUGGCAGUCUAGCCGACAACAACACGCCGUCCAUCCUCACCAUGCCACUGGAGAACAUCAUGUCCAAACUGAGCCUGGCUGACAUGAACAUUUUGCUGUACCGCUGUGAUACUGAAGAGAGGGAAGAUGGGGGCGGAUGCUACAACAUCCCUUCCUGGUUGCCCUUGAAAUAUGGUGGCUUGCAAGGGCUGAUGUCAGUGAUGUCAGAGAUUCGUCCUAAGAAUGACCUUGGCCACCCAUUCUGUGACAACCUGAGGCAGGGAGACUGGAUGAUCGACUACGUCUCCAACAGACUGCUGGCCAAGGGCGGGGCUCUGAGCAAGGUGGGUGAGUGGUUCCAGGCCAUGUUCAGCUACCUCAAACACAUCCCUCGCUACCUGGUGCCUUGCUACUUUGAUGCAAUCAUCCUGGGAGCCUACACUACUGCUUUGGAAGCCAUUUUCAAGCAGAUGUCAAGCUUUGUGCAGGAUGGUUCCAGUCUGGUUAAACAGUUGGCGCUGGGUUCAGUGCAGAUGUGUGGAGUGGGUUGCUACCCGGCACUGCCCCCUCUUUCCUCUUGCCUGAAAGAUGUCCCGUACCGCGUCAAUGACAUCACCAACCAGGAAGAGCAGUGCUGUGUCUCAUUGGCAGCAGGUCUUCCUCACUUCUCUUCAGGGAUUUUCCGUUGUUGGGGUCGUGACACUUUCAUCGCCCUGAGAGGCCUUAUGCUGCUGACUGGCAGAUACCUGGAGGCCAGGAAUAUCAUCCUGGCAUUUGCAGGCACACUCCGUUAUGGUCUGAUCCCCAACCUUUUGGGUAAUGGCAGUGGUGCCCGCUACAACUGCCGAGACGCUGUGUGGUGGUGGCUGCAGUGUAUCCAGGACUACUGCACCCUUGUACCCAAUGGCACUGAAAUCCUCCUGUGCCCUGUGUCUAGGAUGUAUCCCACCGAUGACUCUGAGCCUCAGCUUGCCACAGCGUGGGAUCAGCCUCUAUAUGAUGUGAUCCAGGAGGCCAUGCAGCGCCACUUGCAGGGCAUUGAGUUCAGAGAGAGAAACGCUGGUCCGCAGAUAGACAACAAUAUGACUCAUGAAGGGUUCAAUGUGGAGGCCAUAGUGGACCAGAACACUGGCUUUGUCUAUGGAGGAAACCGCUUCAACUGUGGAACCUGGAUGGACAAGAUGGGUGAGAGUGAAAAGGCCCACAACAAAGGAGUCCCUGCCACGCCCAGGGAUGGCUCUGCAGUGGAGAUUGUAGGCCUAUGCAAGUCUGCUGUUCGCUGGCUGGUGAAGCUCCAUGAGAAUGGCCAGUUUCCCUAUGGUGCAGUCACCAUACACAGAGAAGGCCAGAGUCUCUCUGUGCCCUAUGCUGAGUGGGACAGGAAGAUCCAGGAGAACUUUGAGAAGAAGUUCUACAUUUCCCACGAUUCCCAUGACACAGAGGAGAAACAUCCAGACUUGAUUCACAAGAGAGGCAUCUACAAGGACAGCUAUGGGGCCUCCAGUCCCUGGUGUGACUACCAGCUGCGGCCUAACUUCACGAUUGCCAUGGUGGUGGCCCCUGAACUGUUUACUGUAGAGAAAGCCUGGGGAGCUCUGGAUGUGGCGGAGAAGAAGCUGCUGGGGCCCCUGGGAAUGAAGACCCUCGACCCUGAUGACAUGGUUUACUGUGGAGUCUACGACAUUAAUCUGGAUAAUGAGAACUUCAACCGGGCUAAGGGCUUCAACUAUCAUCAAGGCCCUGAAUGGCUGUGGCCUGUAGGCUACUUCAUGAGAGCCAAACUCUACUUUGCCAAGAAAAUGGGGCAGGAGACGUACAACAAGACUGUUUACCUGGUGAAAAACAUCCUGUCUCGCCACUAUGUCCACUUGGAGAGGUCGUCUUGGAAAGGUCUCCCUGAGCUGACCAAUGAGAAUGGACAGUACUGCCCAUUCAGCUGUGAGAGCCAAGCUUGGUCCAUCGCUACCAUCCUUGAGGUCCUAUAUGACCUCUGACCCCGACACCUCCCACCCAACAACAAACUAUGAACCAUUAAUCUUACAGAUGCAAGCUAUGUUUUCUAU